UCUGAUAAUAAGCAUAAAAUAUGACUACAACGGCAUGAAAAACACCAUAGAUCUAGUUCAACAGCGGCAUGAAGAGCACCAUAAAAUUUGUGAAAAGAAAAAGAUGCAUUUGACAAACAUAAAAUUCAUUUGUCAACAGUAUAUACCUGCCUCAAAUUAACCUACUCACCAUUUCCUUCAAUCUAUAUAUGUUUAUUGUCUCAAUUAUUCAAGUAGGCAAAACUAGUUCGAGAAGUGUAGCCGAUCGGACAGUAAGGAUUUUGCAAACUUCGCCCAUGGAUUCGUGUUCUGUUCUCGAGUUGAAUGAAUCCAACCGAAUUCGAGCUUUGGCUUCACUAACCGCGUGAACCUAGCUUGUUCAGUUUAUUCAUUCGAUUGGAGCCUAAGACUAGCCAAUUGUCAAAAUCCCCCACAAAGUUUUUGAACAAAAUUUCUUCCAUUUUGGGAACUUUGUAGUUUGGACCCUGUUCAUUGUUAUACUGCAGAGAAACGAAACCCAGAGAUGGAGGGUCGAGUUUCAGAGCCUGCUCAUGUCAUUGAGGUUGAUGAUGAUGACAGGGCUCUUGCUCAGAAAGGCGGUGGUGGAAGUAGUAAAGUUUGUGAAGGGAGUCCUUGUGGAUUUUCUGAUGGAAAGAAGGGAAGUUCUUCAGAGCGUUCAGUGUCGAUGAAGAAGCUUUGGGUUGGAAUUGUUUUAUGCAUCGUCUUUAUGGCUGUUGAGAUUGUUGGUGGGAUCAAAGCCAACAGCCUAGCGAUUAUGACCGACGCUGCUCAUCUGCUCUCAGAUGUGGCUGCUUUUGGAAUAUCAUUGUUCUCUGUUUGGGCAUCAGGUUGGGAAGCCAACCCCCGCCAAUCAUAUGGGUUUUUCAGGAUCGAAAUACUGGGUGCCUUGGUGUCCAUCCAAAUCAUCUGGCUUCUUGCUGGGAUCCUGGUUUAUGAAGCCAUUUCAAGACUUCUACAUGGAACAGGGGAAGUUGCGGGAUUCCUUAUGUUCUUGGUCUCUGCUUUUGGCUUACUUGUCAACAUCAUCAUGGCUCUGGUGUUAGGCCAUGAUCAUGGUCAUCAUCAUCAUCAUAGCCAUGGUCAUGAGGAUCAUCAUCAUGAUCAUGAUCAUAGUGAACCUCUGCUCCAACAACAACAACAAAAAUCAGGAGGGAUUGUUGCAAAGAGAAAGAAGCGAUUUAACAUAAAUGUUGAAGGCGCUUACCUACAUGUGAUUGGUGAUUCCAUCCAGAGUAUUGGGGUGAUGAUAGGUGGAGCCAUUAUAUGGUACAAACCCGAGUGGAAAUUUGUGGACUUGAUUUGCACCCUUGUUUUCUCUCUAAUCGUAUUGGGCACAACUAUUAACAUGCUGAGGAACAUUCUUGAAGUUCUGAUGGAGAGCACCCCGAGGGAAAUUGAUGCGACCACGCUUAAAAAUGGCCUCUGCCAGAUGGAGGAGGUUGUAGCUAUCCAUGAACUCCACAUUUGGGCAAUUACUGUUGGGAAAGUGUUGUUGGCUUGCCAUGUUAAGAUUACGCCGGAUUCCGAUCCCGAUUUGGUGCUGGACAAGGUUAUUGGCUACAUCAACACAGAGUAUAAUAUUAGUCAUGUCACCAUCCAAAUUGAAAGGGGAGAAUAUGAUUGAUUGAUUGAACCAAUAAAUGUAAUUUUAUCUUCGCUUGCUUCCCAAUGUUGUAAAUUUAUCUACCCCCCAAAAAAAACAAAAAAUGUUGGAAAUUUGUAAUAUCAGGUGCGUGAACUUGAGAAUGAUUCUCUCUUUCAUUUAUCCCAAGUCUUAGUUUUGGCUUUACAUUGAUGGUUUCAUAAAAUUGGCGACAUUUUAAUUAAUUAAUUUAUUUUUUUAAGUUGGUUUUGGGCUUCUUUUUUUUUUUUUUU